AUGGUUGGCCAGGUCAUCAAUGCCCUACACAACUUUCCCAGCAAGGACCACUCAAUGGAGGAGACUUCUUCUGAUGAUGAUGGUUCCUUGAAGGAGAUCGACGAUGAUAUGACUCUUGGGGUUUAUCGAACUUGCCCACUACUGCUCGAAUUCAAGAUUUUAUUCAAACCUCGUAGACCAGACUUUAUUUGCUUGGUUGAAACUAAAACUAAUGCUUUGAGAAUUCACAGAUGGAUGCUUGGUAUGGGCUUUGGCUUCGUGUUCUGUAUAAUAGGCACAAUGUGCUCUUGCGUCAAUAGAACAUUUUCUGGAGCCAACGUGCCAAAGUUCAAUGGAUAUCUCAAGAUCUUUGGUCUUUGGCUACUUCCUAUAAUGCUGAAUUUCUUUGUUAAUGCUUUACCGAAUGACCUACCUUCUCUUACUGACAUGGAUAGAGACCUUUUGACUAGACCCUUCUCUGUGGAAGAGGUCUACAAAACCCUUAAAUCCAUGCCCUCUGGUAAGAGCCCCGGGGCUGAUGGUCUCAAUUCUGAAUUUUAUCUGUUCUACUGGAAUAUUGUUAGGAAGCACUUGUUCAAUGCCCUUUCUCACUUUUUUGACACAGGACAGCUUUCCCAUUCUUGGGGUAAAACGUUUGUUGCUCUGAUUCCUAAAAAAUCUAAUCCCAUUUCUGUGACUGAUUUCAGGCCCAUCUCUUUAUGCAAUGUUUGUUAUAAACUUAUUACUAAGUUACUUGCUAAUCGCCUCAAGUUAGUGAUUCAUAAGCUUAUUGGCCCCGAACAAGCUGGGUUUAUCUUGGGGCGUGGCACCUUUGAUAAUAUUAUUGCAGCCCAGAGAUUGCCCAUAGUAUUGAAACUGAAAGUGGUUCCCCCUAGGAUGAUUUGCAAAAUUGACAUUGAAAAAGCUUUUGAUACUAUUGAGUGGCCUGCCAUUAUUGCUACCCUCCGAAGAUUCUCCUUUCUUGCUAAGUGGAUUACUUGGAUUAAUUCUUGCCUUAAAUCUGCUUCUUUCUCCUUUAUUGUGAUUGGCCAUCAUACUUCUUGGAUUAAAAGUAGUAGAGGAGUCCGCCAGGGUGACCCCAUCUCUCCUUUACUCUUCAUUCUGGUCUCCCAAAACCUUACUGCCAUUUUUAAUAAAGCCCUUCAGCUUGACUUGAUUCAAGGCUUUAGCCACAACCUCACCAAUAAUUUCAAUCAUCUGAUGUUCGCUGAUGACUUAAUUCUUGUCACCAAAGGCCAAAAACCUAAUUUGUUAAAAUCUGCCCUGUAUGUUCCUUCCUGGUGUAAUCGUAGGUUAGCCACUGCCAUAUCUAGAAUUCUUGGUAUUAAGUUGGGAACUUUUCCUUUUACUUAUCUUGGGGUGCCUAUCUCCCCUAAGAGAUUGACUAUUAAUCAACUUCAAUUCAUUCCGGAAAAGGUCAACAAAAUUAUCCACUCUUGGAACCACUCUUCCCUUUCCCUAGCUGGCAGAACUACGCUCCUUAACAGCUCUGUCUUCAUUAUCCCUAACUACAUUCUUUCUGUUAUGAAUUUUCCUGUAUCUAUUUUGGACAAUAUCUCUAAAUUUGCUAGGAACUUUCUCUGGGGUAGAAGCAGCAAUAAUUCGGGCUUUCACUCUAUCGGUUGGACAGUUACUACUCUUCGCAAACCUGAGGAGGGGCUGGAUAAAAUUUGGAUCAAUAUUUUUAAAAGCAAAUACAGUGGUGGUUGGCACCUUUGGAAUCCUGAUAAAAUCUCUAAAUCUUCCUUGUUCUAUAAAUCUAUAUGUAACACUGCUAAAAACUUGAGGCCUAACAUUAAACUUCUUGCUUGCAACCCGGAGCUUGUUGAUAUUUGGAAUGACGCUUGUUUCUUUGAUUUGCCAAUCUCUCGGAAACCCACCUAUCUUAACACUUCUCUGAAUUUGGAGGAUUUACAAUUUUCAGAUCUAUUCUCUUCUAAUGGGUUUUGCUCUCAGGCUAUCGCUAGUUUAUUUGGCACCUCUUUUGAUAUGGCUCUCAUAAAUGAUAUUCAUUACAAAAAUGAGGAUGUUGUGAUUUGGAAAUGGAACAACCUCUCUUGCAAACCCACUAUUGCCUCUUCAGUGUAUUCUUAUCUCAAUUCUCAGCAUCACUUGCUGGAUUGCUGGAGAGGUUGGAAUGAAAUCUGGAAGCUUCCUGUCUUGCCUCACAUCAAAAUCCACCUUUGGAAACUCGCGCAUGGCAAACUUCCCACUAAUGCUUAUUUAUAUAAUCUAAAUAUUGGUCCUAACAAUCCUUGUCCUCUUUGUAGGCUGGAAGAUGAAACAGCUGAGCAUGCAAUUUGGCAUUGCUCUAAGAUUUUGCAGUGCUGGCACGAUGUAUCCAAUAAUCUUGGUCUGACCUCAUGUCUGUCCAAUUCUCUUAGCACUGGUUCUUGCCUUGUGGGUAUAUUGGACCCGUGGGUGAAGGCUAUUAUUGCAACUGUUACUUGGCUCAUUUGGAAGCAACGUUUCAACACUAUCUUUAGAAAUGAUCCUGUUAAUUCCAGUAUGAUUGUCACCAGGGCCUGGUCUCUUUGCUAUGACUUCAGAAAAUCUUCUCAUAGGGAUCAGGCUCUCCUUUGUGCAAAUAUAAACACUAUUCACAUCUUUACGGAUGCUUCUUGGUCUCCUUGCUCCCUGUUUGUCGGUUUGAAGGGUACUAGUGCUUCCUCUCAAAUACAAGCUGAAAUAGCUGCAAUCAAUCUUGCCCUUCGGACCUGCAUUGAUAAAAGUUGGACGCCGGCUCGUAUUUUCUAUGAUUGCCCAGGUGUGGCUCAGCUGCUGAAGCAUUACAAUCCUAGCGUCACUUGGCAUGUCUCAACGGAGUUCCAAACAAUGAAGAAGAAUCUAGACAUAUUCCCUAACAUCACAAUUGAAACUAUUUCAAGGGAACUUAACUUUUUUGCUGAUACUUUGGCCAAUCUUGGGCGUUCAAAUCCUCAGCUUUCACUCUUUUUCAUAGGCAUGGAAAGGCCAUUCUAG